ACAUAAACAUUAAAUGUAUCCUAGAGAGAAAUUGCUUUGACUGACCGUGUAUUGUUAUGAUGAACGAAGAAUGGCGGACGUUGUCAUAGUGCGAUAUUUGUUCACAUUUUUGCUUCUAAAUGCUUGUUAUGCGGGACUCCCUGGCUUGGAAUCAGAACAAGAUGGAAUCUCACCAGCGGAGAACCAUCUCCAAGAAGACAUCCUGGCUGUGGAUAAAAAGAUGAUGGUGCAACAACCCAGAUAUAAAUGCCAUCAAUGUGAACCACCCGACUGUGACCACACAACCCAAGUAUGUGGGUCGGCUUUAUACUGUUUCAAGUCGACGGUGAGAGCUAGUGACGGCACCCUGCGAUACUCGAGAGGCUGUUCCUCCAGGCGGGAUCAUUACCAGUUCACAUGUAGAACUCAUCAGACCCAAGGUCACAGUAAGCGUCAUGCUGCGGCUCCUCUGAACAUCACGUGCUGUCAGGGUGACAUGUGUAAUGAAGGGCCCUUCCCUCCGCUGUCCCCUGCGGACACAGCCAUCGAACCGCUCACCAGCGGGGCCUGGAAGCUGUGGCUGAGUGUGGGUCUGUCAGUGCUGGCCGUUAGUGCUAUCGGAGGCCUCGUUAUAUUAGUGCUGCGGAGGACUCACAGACUCCGUGUGUCCAGAGCCGCUCAGAAGCUGGGCGUGGACUCGAACUACUUCUCAGCCAACAUGUACAACUCGCAUGUGACCAGCGCUUAUUAUGAAGGAGCGGAGGGUUCUCAGGCGUGUGCGCUCCAAGCGGUGGCGGCGGGCGACUCCACCUUGCGGCAGUACUUGGAGGGGUCCGCCACUAGCGGCUCGGGUUCCGGACAGCCGCUUAUGGUGCAGAGGACGCUCGCCAAGCAGGUGUCCCUCAUCGAGAGGGUUGGCAAGGGUCGGUACGGCGAGGUGUGGCGCGGCUCGUGGUGCUCGGACAGCGUGGCCGUGAAGAUCUUCUUCAGCAGGGACGAGGCCAGCUGGACGCGGGAGACGGAGAUGUACAGCACAGUGCUGCUCCGACACGACAACAUACUGGCCUACAUCGGCAGCGACAUGACGAGCAGGAACAGUUGUACACAGCUGUGGCUCAUAACCCAGUACCAUCCGCUUGGCUCGCUGUAUGAGUACCUGAGUCGCACCACUCUCACCAGACACCAGAUGAUGCUCAUCUGUCUGUCCACUGUCAAGGGUCUGUUGCAUCUCCAUACAGACAUACACGGCACACAGGGAAAACCGGCCAUAGCACAUCGGGAUAUAAAGUCCAAGAAUAUUCUGGUGAAGCUGAAUGGAGAGUGUUGCAUCGCGGACCUAGGGCUGGCCGUGACCAAGGAGCACGAGGACGACCCUCGACGAGGCACGCCGCGUUACAUGAGCCCAGAGAUGCUCGACGGCAGUAUGAGCCCCGUGUGUCUGGAGUCCUACAAGAGGUGCGACAUCUACGCACUGUCUCUAGUGUUCUGGGAGGUGUGCAGGCGCGCGACGGGCCGGGGACGCCGCCCACCGUACUACGAGUACGCUCCCCAGGACCCCGGCCUGGACGACAUGAGGAAAAUAGUCUGCGUGGAUAACGCCAGGCCCGGGAUAUCCGCUGACACACAUCCGACUAUGCAGGGUAUGUUCAACCUGAUGCGGGAGUGCUGGCACCAGAACCCCUCGGUCCGUCUUCCGGCGCUCAGGAUCAAGAAGACGCUCCUCAAGUUAGCUGCCAACGACAACGCUAUCAGACUCGACGAAGACAGUGAAGUGUAUGUGUGACAGUGAGUGACAGUGACAGUGACAGUGAAGAUGAAUUCAAAAUAGUUUUUGUUCAUUGAAAUGUAAAGUGCCAUUUAUAAUUUCUACAAAAUUAAGUUCAGGUGAUGGCCGGAGCCAGUUCAUGCCAUACGUGUACAUAGUUAUAUUAAAUAAGUUGAGAGAGCUUUAUAUGUUAUGUUUGUCAUAUGCUUCCAUUAAAAGUUAUUUGUAGGUACUUGUGUGAAUGUAACAAGCGUCUCGCUCAGUCUGAUUACUUUUUAUAUUUUCUUAUUAUUUCUGUUCGUCUCAGGACCGAGGACUCGAUAUAUAAAUAUGUAGAUAGUUGUAAUGACGAUGUGCCGACUAGUAUUGUAACCUGUAAAUAACUACCGGGACGAGGGAGUCCCGGCUGUAAUGCAUUUGAUUUUAAUUCUGUGUGAAUGAGUGUAGUUAUUAAUAUUCAUUAGUGUAAGGAACUGUUUAUUUUACAUAUUCUAUGAGAGACCGACGCUUUAACUUCAUCUUUUAUAUUGUUGAAUCUCUGUCACUCGUUAAAAGUACACCGUCUCGUUGAACCGUGGAACUGGUGUUUUGAAUUGUAUAGUAUGUAUCCGAGAGGCUAGCUGGACGAAGACAUCGCUUCCACUCCUGGGAAUGUUGUAAUAUAAAGCUGUUAUUGUUGAUUACUGAACAAGUUAGGUUUUCGUUCUUAUUAUGUUUCUUUGCAAAUUAAGUUCCCAAGUCUCAUGUUAAGUAUAAAAAGACAAUAAUUAUGUACAUCAUAAUCAAAUGACAAUUCUAAUACUCGUUAGCGUAAGUUAAGGACUCACUGCCUUCACACAACCUACCGGAUGUCUGACCACCAGUCCGUGUCCAUGUUUCAGCCUUGUGUUCAUGUAAAUAUUAAGUUACUCGACAGAAUAUGAAUAAAUAUUUGUCUAUUAUAUCA